CCUCAAUGGUCUGACUUCACGGUUUGACGUGGGGAAAGACGUGUUUGAUUUGAUUCUGCCAAUCGAUCGCUUGAAAUUUGUUGAGAAUUUGUGUUUCUUUUUUUCCUCUCUCUCUCUCUCUCUCUUUCCGUGCCUUGAGUUUGAAUGUGUGGAAGCUGCCCAUUGAAAGUUUUUUUUUGAGGGUUUGUACAUGCGUCAGCUCGUGUUUGUGGCUGGAGUCUGCAGAGUUGACGUUUGUUGGCGAGAGUGAGAGUUUUAGACUGUCCCCUUCGUUUCGGGAGGCUGCUCAGGACCAGAGAGUGGCUAUGGAGCGAUGGGGGGAGAGAGCUUAGCCACGAAUAGCCCGGGGGGAUAUUGGCAAAUGACAUGACCUGCCAUGCGCUGGUUCAAUGUAACCAAACCGGCGAUGGAGGAAUACCAGACCCUGGCGUAUGACACAGCCUUGAGCACUUUAGUGGCGGUGCUGGUCUACGUGCUGCUCAAAGUGAGUGUCGACGGCUACCGGCAAUGGAGAGCCCGGGUCAGGGUGCUGAUUGUGGGCUCGGGUCCGGUGGGGCUGACCGCAGCUCUGAUCGCCGCCCGCUCCGGGAAAGUGCAGCGCCUGGUACUGCUGGAGGAGCGCGGCCGGACCGCCCUCCUGGCCAGACCGCAGCAGAUCGCCCUGGACCCCGGCAGCGUCCGCUUCCUGCUCGGGCUCGGCGUCGAUUUUGACAACAUGGAAGGGUGCUGGCACAACGAGCACUUCUUCACCAAGGUCGGCGUCUUCCAGGAAUACCUGCUCAGCCUCCUGGAAAAGAAGAAGCAGGAGAUGGACAUCCAGAUCCUGCUGGGGACCAAGUUCACUGAGGAAUACUUGAAGAAGAUCCCAACGUGUGAAUUGCCCCGUGUGAUUGUGGUUUGUGAUGGCUCCUGUGGUGGUUCAAGUUCUGUGCUUGGAGUCAGCUCAGACUACAUUGUGGAGUCCUGUAAUGCCUAUGGUGCUAAUGCAGCCAUAGAGAGAGCAGACCAGCGACAGGUCCCCACUCCGGAGAUCCGUGCUCACAGUUUGUACUUUGACCUUUCUGCUUAUGGUGUAGAGUUCUCCUCCAGCAACAAGGAAAGCUCGGACUCCUCCACUUUGAGGCCAGGCUCCCACCUGAAAAUUUAUGGCACUUUCCGCAACCGCUAUAUGGCUCUGGCUUGCCCAAUGUCGGACUCCAAAGUGGUUAAAUUUCUCCGUCAUACACCUAACUCGUCGAUAAUGAAGAAUAUAUUCCAUCAAUCAUUCAAUGCGUACAAAACUGAUAUAGAGCCCAGGGUGAAUGACUUGACAAUCCAUCUCCUUCAGUGCAGCCGAAGACUAUUCGAGAUCAUGCUGUCACAUAGAAAGGUCACAGCAGCCUACAUCGAAGGAGACAAUGUUGCAGUCACCAUAGAGGGAGAAGCAGCUAGAGUCUUAAACUUUGAUACAGGUUGUGGAGUUAACCUUGGAUUGAAAGGCUUGGAGACGUUGGAUGAAUUUAUUUAUAAAAUUGCAACAGCAGUUGACCAAAGUGAUGUUUUCGAAGCGCUCUCUGAAAAGAUAAGACACUCGAAACAAAUUGCGGAGGAUUUCCGCCUGAAUGGCUUGACUGUCACCAUGUUUCAGUGAGACAGUGAGGAGGAACAUGGCAGUGGAGAUAUUACACUGGCUUGAAUGGAUCAAGAAUGAGCAACAUGCAAGAUUUAUUUUUUGAGCUUGUUGCUAUAUAGCUCCUGAAAGAUUGCCGGUAGAGGUGAUCACAGUGAAGUGGGCAGUGUUUGGCUAAAGUGAAAUGAAGUUUAUAGGCUUCAUUUUGGGUAAAAAGCACAAAGCUAAGGAAAUAAGUGGACUCCCAAAACGUUAUUCAUAUUUGCAUCCAGUUGCAGGAGAGCAUCGAUUGUAAAGUGCUUUAACCUAAAAUUUUCAGAGUUUACAUUAUAAUUCUACUUGCUAAUAAACAGAUUCUUUAGACCCGGAGGUUGGUUCCCGAGUGAUUAGUUUGUGGAAAGCUCAUCCGUAUGAGAAUAUCUGAACCUCUGAUACUCAUGAAUUGGAUAAAUCAGUACCAGCCACUAACGUUUCCUCUCAAAAUCUGUAAACAUUGGUGUUUUAUUUGUACAGUCCUGUGGCUUAUUUGUAAUACAUUGAGGUAAACAGAGACUGAGUAUUCCAAGAUGCAGAUCAAUGGUAUAUCCCCAAGAGAAUCUAUCAAAUAGAGUCUAAUGGGUUGCCAAUGCAGAUUUAUGUUCUGUUUUAUGUUCUAUUAAACUGGAGGAUUUGAGAAACAAGAACAUGGGGUAAUUGUGUGAUAAAGAACAUGGGGUCUGCAUUCUAUGUAUUAAAGUAAACUAGUUGAUGGGGAUCUAUUUAUUCAAGAGGGUCCCUAUGUGCUUGAAUAAGGUGAGCAGUCAUGAGAUAUGUACCAUCAACAUACUUCAUAGCACAACAACAAGAGCUUGCAUUUGUAUAAUACCUAUAUUAUAAACCUGCAAAAAUGUCUUGGGACAUUUUAAUGAAAAAUAAAGUCCGAGUCAAAGAAGCAAUGGAAACUUUGGAUGAUCCGUGUUUUGGAGUGAGAAAGGGUAGAAAAAUUGUAUUCCAGUCUCGGCAGCAGAAUGGAUACUGGCAACGGUGGGGAAAAGGAAGAGGAGAAUGUACAAGAAGCCAGUUUUGGGAGGAUGGUAAGAUGUCGGAGGGGGCUUUGAAAGGCUGGCAGAGGUGAUGGUUAGGGUGUGGGGCUAGGAAGACAAGGAAAUAACUUAAACACCAGGAUCAGCACUUAAAACGGACGUGUAGGAGUCACUAUAGGACAGUGUGAAUAGGAAUGAUAGAUCAGGACAUGCUAGGCUGAGUUUACAGACCAUGGAAGGUAGCAAGGAAAGCAUUAGAACAGUACAGUCUGGAAGAAAUGGAAAUGUGGAUAAGGGUUUCAACAAAUGAUGGACUUGAGCAGCUAAUGGUAUGGAGGUGGAAAUAAG